GACUUUCCUCUCCACUUGCCUUUUCUCCCAUUCCCAUUUCCCCUUUCUUCAAUCGCUUCAACAUCAUCACCUCGGAGUUUCAAUCUCCCUUUCUUCUACAUCCAUCUACGCUUCCCAAUUCUUUCCUGAUUAAAAUUGUGGACGCAGGACAAAUAUAGUUUGGUUUGUUUUUGUACACAAUGGGUGGAGUUUGUUCAAGAACAAGAACCACUUCUGAUGAUGUUGGUAGCAGUAACGGUGGUGGAGGGGUUGGUGAUUCUAACAAUGAGUUGGGCAUGGUUCAUCAUACUUGUGGACUGCCCUCCAAAAUUAGUGAUUCCACCCCUGCUGUUGCUGUUGCUGAUGGCAUGAAUAAGGCGUUACGAGAACCAUUUUCGUUCCCGGAGGUGAAUGCGGUGGUUCCAUAUGGAUUGGACGAUAUCAAUGAUGGAAUUCCUCGCUUAUCUCGAACGUUAUCUCAGAAAUCUAGAUCAACCAAGUCGAGACAAGCUGUUGCAAAGGUUUCAGAAAUGAGCUCUCUUCUAGGCAGAGCGGGUACUGUUGGGCUAGGAAAGGCUGUUGAUGUUUUGGAUACACUUGGCAGUAGUGUGACAAGUUUGAAUCUUGGUGGUGGUUUCACCUCAGGGGUGACAACAAAAGGGAACAAAAUUUUAAUCUUAGCUUUUGAAGUUGCCAACACCAUUGUGAAGGGUUCUAGUCUAAUGCAGUCGCUCUCGAAACGUAACAUCGAAGUUUUGAAGGAGGAAGUGCUUCCAUCAGAAGGGGUCCAAAAUUUGAUAUCAAGAGACAUGGAUGAACUCUUGAGAAUUGCAGCAGCAGACAAGAGAGAAGAACUGAAAGUUUUCACUUGUGAAGUGAUUCGCUUCGGAAAUCGUUGUAAAGAUCCUCAAUGGCACAAUUUGCAUCGCUAUUUUGAUAAGUUAGGUUCAGAAGUUACACCACAAAAGCAAUUGAAGGAAGAUGCUGAGGCAGUGAUGCAGCAGUUGAUGACAUUUGUACAGUACACAGCAGAACUUUAUCAUGAAUUACAAGCCUUGGACAGAUUUGAACAAGAUUACCGGCGCAAGCUUCAAGAGGAGGAUAGUUCGAACACGACGCAAAGAGGAGAUAGCAUUUCGAUCUUAAAGGCGGAGUUAAAGAACCAAAAGAAGCAUGUCAGAGGUUUGAAGAAGAGAUCUCUCUGGUCCAGGAUUCUCGAAGAGGUGAUGGAGAAGCUUGUGGACAUAGUGCAUUACUUACAUUUGGAGAUUCAUGAAGCCUUUGGUAGUGCCGAUGAUGAAAAGCCAGCCAAAGGUUCUCAGAAUAGCCACAAAAAGUUAGGGACGGCUGGUCUCGCUUUGCAUUAUGCAAAUAUCGUUAGUCAAAUCGAUACACUUGUAUCUCGUUCGAGUUCCGUACCUCCUAACACAAGGGAUGCUUUAUAUCACGGACUACCUCCCAGUAUAAAGUCGGCAUUACGCUUAAAACUACAGACGUUUCAGCCCAAAGAAGAGCUUACAAUUCCUCAAAUCAAAGCCGAGAUGGAGAAAACUUUGCAUUGGCUUGUUCCCAUUGCCAAUAACACUACCAAGGCUCAUCACGGUUUCGGUUGGGUUGGAGAAUGGGCGAAUUCCGGGGCCGAAACAAACCGAAAACCUUCUGGCCAGAGCGAGUUACUAAGGAUCGAGACACUCUAUCAUGCAGAUAAAGGAAAAACGGAGUCCUACAUCCUUGAACUGGUGUUAUGGCUUCACCAUCUGAUCAGACAAGCUAGAGCUUGUAAUACUGGAAUAAGGUCUCCUGUUAAAUCACCAAUUAGAUCUCCGAACCAACAAACGAUUCAUUUAUCGAACCAGAAACCAAAUUCUCCAUCCUCGACGUUGACGGUAGAAGACCAGGAAAUGCUUCAAUAUGUGAGCAAAAGGAAACUUACCCCGGGAAUAAGUAAGAGUCAGGAAUUUGAUUCAGCAAAAACCAGGUUAAGUAAGUACCAUAGGCUAAGUAAAAGCAGCAACCAUUCCCCAACCAAUGAAACCAAGCAGGAUCCGUCCACCCUUCGGAGGCCGAACUCCAUCCCGAUUAUUGAUUUUGACAUCGACCGUAUGAAAGCUCUGGAUGUCAUCGAUAGAGUCGAUAAUAUUCGAAGCGUUUCAUAAUCGGGGAUCGAAGAGCAAGACUUG